ACGUUUACCUUAUGUCGUAAAUGCCUUGAGAAUGUCGGAUGAUCGGUCGGUUCAGUGCUAAAUCGUGUUUAUACGUUAAACGAUGUGUCGACUGUCGGUCGCUGUAUUCGGUAAGUUUUACGGAAUAAUUAUUUUUUAACUUAUUAAUAUGCAUACUGCCGAUAGAUAAUAAUAUUUUAAGACUCGACCGAAGUAAUUUAAUCGAUAAUUAAUUUUUUUUUUCCAAAUCUCUUUUGCUGCAACAUCAAUUUAGAUAGGAUUUAUAAUUUCCAACAGGAAAUAUAUACUUAUAUUAUUUUUUUCUUAAAUUAUUUUUACGUAAAUGCCACUAAUACUGAACGAUUCACUAAAUUUUAGAUUCAGAGUGUAACGUAGUUUUCCUAAGAUGUGUUUUUUUUCCCUCGGAAAACACUGGGUCGGUUAAAAAAAAUGUACCGACUUAUUCACGCUGUACCCCAAUGAUGCAUGUUUUCCGAUCGUUUUAUUUUUCAAAUAUUUCUAACAUUUUGUCAAAUUAAAAGACCGGACAACAAAUAUAAGGUUUCUUUACUGUUAACUUCUGGGUUACCUCGGUUGCAAUAAGGAAAACACUAAUUCUAUUAAUAUAUUAUAACCUUACCAGAUUACUGAUCGCCAUUAAAGAUCGUUUUUUAAUUGCAAUGAUUUGUCACUUUCCAACUUCUCAACUACAACACAGUGCCCAUUAUGCGAAAUAUGCCCGGGUUUAAUAUUUUAAUUUCUGUGUUUUAUAACUAUAUGAACACAAUUUUUUACUUUAAACUUUACUAUUUCUUUUUUUUUUUUUGUAGUUUAUGUUUGUGAAAAACAUAAACCCGGAUUUAACUUUAAAAAAAAACAAGGGAAAUGUAUUUUUACGCUUAUUAAAUUACCCGUCUACACAGUGAAAUGUUGGCUAAAUAAUUAAACGAAUAUUUAAUUAUUAUAAUAUAUUAUGUAUCUGGUUCAGCAACAUAAAUUGAUAAACAGAUAACGAUUGAUUUUUUUUUUUAAUCGAUACAUUUGUAUAGACAGAUACAUAAAAUUAACUACAGCAAGACGUGCAAAAUAACAUUGCAGUAAAAAAUGUUUCUAUGCAUUUUCCGGAAGACCUAUACUACUGUAUGUGUUUUUUUUUUAUUUAAUACAUUUAUGUGAAUAUUUUAAUAUUAUUUGAUCCAAUUAAAACAGUUUUAGUUGCAUUAACUAUGUUUGCCAUUAAUGAAUAGUAAUAUUAGUUUUAAUAAAUACUCGUCAUGACGUUUCCAUAGAAAUUGAAUAGAACUAAACAUAAUAUCGUGUCUUAUAAUAAAAAUAAUAAUCUGCACGUCGGUAAACUGAAUAUAAUAGUAUACCAUUUUACCAGAAUAAUUUCUUAUGAUAUGGACGGGAAAUAAUAUUUUCAAAAGAAUAUUCUUGAUUCAGAAAAAAAAAAUAUUUAUUUUUCUGAAUGGUUUUUUCUGAGAAAUUAUAUUCAAGUUUUGUAUCUAAAACAAUUCAAUUGUUCAAAAAAUAUAAGAAUAAAUAAAUUUAUACUACUUACAUUUAUACGUUUGAAAACUGUUUCAUGGCCUAUUUAUUAUGUAUUUUUCACACGACACACAAUAUGAAAUUGGAAUAUUAUAUUUUAUUUGUCCUACAAUAGUGUGUCUCACAAUAUCACAUAGGCACAUUUUAGUUAAAUACACAUUUUAUCGAUAUGUGUAUUUGGUUGUAAAGAAAAGGGGGGGGGCAGAUUUAGCAACAUGAAUAGGUCACUGUUGAAGGUGGAAAGUUAAGAAUAUAGGAUACAGAGUAAUUUAGUUUAUACCCGGAAAGUAACGAUAAAUCAUUAUGAUUGAAAAACCAUUUUGAACGGUGAUCGAUAAUCCGAUAAGAUGAUAUAGUAUUAUCAAUCGUUUCCCCUUAAAAUAACCCUGAAAUCAACUGGAAUGAAACUAAUGUACCCAUCAUAAUUUUUAGUCAGUGUUUAAAUUUUUGAAAAAAUUGUUAGAAUUUAAAAAAAUUGUUUUAGUACUGGGCAAAAAGUCUGCAUCUGUUAAGGCAUAGUGAGAUAAAAUCUGAGCAUUUUAACUAAUUGAAAAAGGGUUUUUUGAGAAGAAUAAAUAAAACAAUUAUUUUUAUUAAAAUUAUAAUAGCGAAUAAGCUAAACGAUUAGAACAUAAAAUAAAAAUCCUACAAAUACUUGAUCCUACUUAAUAAAUAAUAAUAUUAUAAAAUCAUAUACGGACAAAUAAAAUACAAGUCAACUCGAUAUUUUUAGUGACAACAAAAUAAGGGAAAAACCACAAGAAAAAAAAUUAAUUUUUUUACAAGAGUUUAUGAUUGAAGGAAUGCAAUAUUAUGAUAGCAUAAUAUAUAUUAAUAAUUACUGUCACCUAUUGUAAAUUAUAGUUUUUUUUUUUUUUGAAAUUGACAAACACUACUGUAAUAGGUAUAGUUUUGUAUUUUAUAAUUAUUUUGUUUAAAAUCUCAUUGAGUUACAUACAAGGUCAUUAUUAUUAUUUUUUUUUUUUUAUAACAAUUUAAAUGAAAACAAAAUUAUUGUGAAAUGGGUAUCACCUAUUUCACAAUAAAAAUAAAAAGAAGUUUUAAGAUAUUGAAGGUUAAUAAUUUAUUUAAUUCGUUUUUUUUCUUUUUACAUAUAUAUUUUCUUUUUAAGGUAAACAUUUACUACCUUUUUGUAAAUAAUAUAGUGCCGGGUUGAAUAAAAACCGUUCUGUAAACUGUUUGUUUGACAAUAUUUAUCUAUAGAUUCUGUAAAAUUACAACUAUUGAACAGAUUGCUUAACAUUAUUAAGCUCUAGGGAAUACAAUAUCACCAUAUAUAUAAAUAGUAUAUACCUAAACUAUAUAAUAUAUUUCCUUCUCACGUUUAAUGUGUAUGAAUAGACAUAAAUAAGGAUUAAACAAAUUCUGAAAAACAGGUUUUUUUUUUUUUUCAAAAAAAUUGUUCAAGGAAAAUUUAAAAAAAAUAAAAUAAAAUAAAAAGUGCUUGCAACGUGAACAAAAUCACCUUCUAAUAUAUCUAAAACUUUUUAAUAUUUUUGGAGAUAAUAUUAAAAAUCUAUACGUAUCACGUUCAAAUUAUAAUUUUUAAUUAAAUAUAUAUUUAUAAAAGUGUUAAAAGUCUGAAUUAUAAAUAUUGGAUGUGUACCAUCUUCUUGAUUAUCGGUAUUUCGACCCUGUCGGAAAUUUAACCUUCUCUAGGGUUCUAACUAUCGGGUUUUUGACCCGGACCCAACUAUAUUGACGUAGAUAUCAGCAUUAUACUUAACAAUAUUCAUAUAUUCCGCACAAACGCAUUGAGUUCUACCGAACAAUUUCUUGGUGGCUUCAAUAAUAAUUAUAAAAACCUUCACAACACAUUAGCUACUUAAAUUAUUAUAAUGUUAAACGUUUGUCUAAAUAUAUAUAUAUAUAUGCAUACUAUAAUCCAGUGCGAAAAUUUGUAAUCAUAUUAAAAACAACAGUCGACAGCAAUCAGCAAUAUUAUUAUUUUCAUUAUUUAUCAACUAGAGCAUCCAAACAAAAUAUAUUUGCAUUUUUAGUAAUAUACCUAGGGACUUAAAAUCGUUUUGAGGUCAUGACACUUAUAACCAGUUUUUUACACUAUUAUAGUUGUACCGAUGUAUUAUAAUUAUAUCGUUAAACGUCAUCAUAAGUAUUAAACAUGCCUUGAGGCAGUGACGUAUAAAAAAUGUAUACAACACGAAGAUAAAUAUUUUUUGAAGACACUGGUGGCACAAAAAAAAAAAGAAUAAUUUGUUUACCAUCAAAAAUAACACGAAUGUGAACAAACUUUUUGCGCUACAUUUAAAAACUCACUCUUUCAGAAUCCAGUGUUGAAAAAAGUUUUUCAACACUAUGUGGUUUUCUUUUUCAAUUUAAAAAAAAACUAAAAGUUAAAUUUUACAUCUAAAAACGUAAACAAUUUUUCCCUAAGUACACGUAAUUAAGUAUUACGUACCAGUAAUAUAAUUCGAUUUUAAUUCACCUAGUAAAUAUUUAACGGAAAAAAGUUUCAUUUAAAAGGAACCGCGAAGUAAUUUUAUUUACAUUCUAUACAUCUAUAUAUAAUAUAAUAUCAAAUAGACAUGGACUUUUGAUUUUCAAAUAAACAAAUCAGAAUAAAAUUAAUAUAUUAAUAAAAGAUAAAAUUUAUCAAGUAAGUUGAAUCGUAUGUAGCAAAAUAUGUUGACCAUUUACAUCACCAUUGAUACGGUGUUUAACAUUAAUACCUACCUAAUUAUUACGUAACAAAAUAUUUUUCAUGAAAUAUCGAUAUCAGCUUAUACAAUGACUAAUUAAUUAUAAUUUUUAUUUUAAGUUAAUCUCGGAGAAAAUAAAAUUUGAACAAAAUAAAUAAAUAUAAAAUCUAUACCAAAGUUCACUAUACCCAUUACUGUGGAUGAUGAAUGUGACACUGUUUUAGGAAGGAAGUUGCAAGGGGAAUAUGUAUAGAGUAGUUUAAUAUAAAUAUGCAACGAUAAUCUUUGCUCAAAAUUAUGAGCAGAGUAAUAUAAAUCAUAUCCCCCCUCCCUAGUUGCCAAAAUAACUCAAAAAUCAACAAAAAUUAUACAAAAACUUACUAGCUUUUUAAAAUUUAUUAACAAAAUUAUAAAGCUGACACUCACAAACUGCCUACCUCGAUGUAUCAACUACAUGUUAACCAUUAUACAUUUUACAAGAAAAUUCCCAUACAAAUUUUAAAUGGAGCAAGAUUUCUGAUAGAUAAUUUUACAGACGAAAAAUAUACACGUACUUAAUAAAACCAACGUAGUAAAACCAAUAAAUUAUCCCAAACUUCGUUCAAAAUAUAAAAUAUAAGCGAACUAGAAAUACACGUUCAUAAUUGUUUACAGCCACCCGUAUAAUAUAUAUAAUAUAAUUGAUAGAGAUUUAUUUUUAUUGGCCAUUCAACUUAGUAUUAUAUUAUAAUAUUUUUUAUCGGUGUACAAUAUAUUAUAAAUACCGUAUAAUAGUUAAUCAAAUUAUAAUAGUAUAUUUCCUGAUUCCUGUAUUUACUUGAAAAAUAUUUGCAUUUUACACGGGAUCGUUUUGAUUAAUUUUUACAUGAUAUUUUUAAAUGCCUAUAUUAUAGUGUGUUUCGGCCUAACGGAUUUAUCCGUUUACGGUCGAGUGCCGCUGAAGUCCAGUAACGUGAUAUUUCCUGACUCUGAGUACAUUAUUAAUAAUGGAAACAAAAAUUUACCAUCUGCAGCGGAAACCAUCGAAACUAUAGAUUCCGAUAACGGAUUUUUUACCAAUAAUAAUUCACCGUCGUCCGAAAGAACCACAAGACAAGUCAACCGCCGACCCAUUCCACAACAAUCUGGUAAUACCCAAACGUUUUUGAAUACUGGUAACCAGGGAGACGUGUUCCUGGGAAUCGAUCCAAAUGAUAACCAACCGCCGAAUCAAAGUACAGCCUCGAACACCAGCGGAUGUAUGGACAUCUGCAAAGCGAGGACCACCCAACAAUACAAUCCCGUGUGCGGAACCGACGCUCAAACUUAUCAAAACAGACAAAAUUUGGAUUGUGUCAUAAACUGCGGUAUACGUAAGUAUUCGUGUAUCCUGUAUGAUGAUAAUAUACAAAUACAUUUUCUUCUUUUUAUCCAUCGCCUAUUCUCACAUAUAUUUAAGGUUGGCCACCUUAAUCCUAACUCUCCACUUGACUCGGUCAUCACAUUUAUACAACUCAGCAGAGGGAGGCUGUGAUUCCGGGUGUAUCACUCUCAAUCGUGUCGAAACAUCUUCUUUUCGACCUUGCUCUUUCUCGAACUCCAUCCACAUUCAUUCGUAAAACUACUCUUACAGCCUAUUACUCUUACAUCGUAUAGACUAUCGAAACAAUGUCUACAUAAUAUCUUUUAGUGAAUGAUCUAAAAUGGGCCUUUAUAUAGUCAUAUUUUAUUCUAUCCUCUCUAGUGACUCCGCUGAUCCGUUUAAACAUUCUCGUCUCUACUAAUAAUAAAUUAUUAAUUGCUAAUUAAAUUGAGUUACUUCAGUAAUACAAUUUUUCUACUACUAUUAUUUUAUACAAUUCAUACCAACACUAUUACAGGAAAUUUAAUCCAUAGAAUUUUUUAAAAUACUAUUUUUAUAAUUUUUAUUAAUAUAACUGUUAUUAUUAUUUGAAGAUAACCAGCUUUACAAGUACAACGCAGAAUUAUAUUUCCAUUAAACUUUAAAUGUUAAAUAUUCUUGAGUAUAAAUUAAAAAUAAAGCCAUAAAAAGUUUUUAUUAAAAACGAAUACUAAAUGAAGUGAUUAUCCAAAAAUGCAUAAUACAUUAUUGUGUUUCUAAAUUGUAUAAGCAUUUGAUUUUAUAUUAUGAAAUAAAGUCGUCCAGAUACGCCACUGUGCAUUAAGAGUAUUGCGUUUUGAUCCAUUAUAAGACAAAUCGUUUUCGAUUUCGAUUCGACAAUUCCUCAAAUGGUGUUAAUACAUAAUAUACACGAAUUUCUUACGAUUUUGAUUACGCCAUAUUAUUACUAUGAUAGAUUACAAUAUUAUUUUUGACAGUGUUAUAAUAACGCCCAUAACAAUAUCUCAAAAUAUUGUUUUUCAUUGAAAUAUACGAAAUGUUUUCUUUAAAAGGAUAUAAGUAUUUAUUGUAUGUAUAUAUAUAUAUAGUAUAUACAUAUGUAUAUUUAACGGAAAAAUAAUAGCAUUACAUGACGUGUUAUUGUAAUUUUUUCAGUAAUAUAUAUUUUUUUUUUUUUUUUGUUACAGAAACUGAAUUCAGUUACACCGGUCGUUGUUUAAAAGUAAAAUCGGCUUGAUGGAACCGGUCAACAAUCACCGUUUCAAAACGCCACAAUCAUAUAUUUUAUUUAUAUUUCAACGACACCUAUAUAGAUAUAUAUUAUGUAUUUUAUUUUUUUUUAUUGAAUAAGUUUUAAAGUUUAAUAAACCGAACGAGAUUACAAUUUUAUAUUGCGUACAUCUUAACUUUUUAUUAUUGUACACACAUAUUGUAUUGCAUAUUAUUUUUAAAGGUGUCUGCGGUC